AUGGCUCAAUUAGAGUACAUCAGAGACUUAUCCUCAGAGACAACAUUCGAUAAUUCGAAAUGUCCAUCCUCAAUUCCAUUAUCAUGCUCAAAUGAUACUGUUGUCAAAGAUUCAUGUUGUUUUGAAUAUCCAGGUGGUGUUUUACUACAAACUCAAUUUUGGGAUUAUUCACCAUCAAUCGGUCCAAAUGAUUCAUUCACAGCUCAUGGGUUAUGGCCAGAUAACUGUUCUAAAGAUGGGUCAUAUCAACAAUUUUGCAAUUCGAAGUUAAACGUUGGUAAUGUUGAGCAAGUUUUACAAUCAUUUGGUGAAGAUGAACUAAUUGCGAAUAUGAAGAAAUAUUGGAAGAACAUGAAUGGAGAUGAUGCAAGUUUAUGGAAACAUGAGUUUAACAAACAUGGAACCUGUGUUAAUACUAUAAACCCAUCAUGUUAUGGUGAUGAUUUCAAAACAAAUCAAAAUGUUGUUGAUUAUUUCAAAAUUGCUAUGAAUCUUUAUGAAAAAUUACCAACUUUUGAAUGGUUAUCCGAAGCAGGUAUCGUCCCAUCUCAUGAUAAAACUUAUACCAAAGAUGAAAUUUCAAAAGCAUUAGCUGAUAAAUUUGGUUCAGAGGUUUAUAUUGCAUGUGAUCGUAAUAAUGGAUUACAAGAAGUUUGGUAUUUCCAUCAAUUGAAAGGUUCAUUAUUAGGUGAACAAUUUCAUCAUAUUGAUUCAUUCUCAAAUUCGAAAUGUCCAAAUCAAGGGAUUAAGUUUGUUCCAAAGGAUAAUUAUAAAAAUCCUGGAACUAACCCAUCACAGACCAAGACAUCUUCACCUCCAAAACCUACUGGUGAUUACCAAACUGGGUUCGUUAAAUUAAAAAACCAACAAGGUUGUUUGAUCAAAAAUGGUCAAUGGUAUGUUAGUGGUACUUGUGCUACUUAUAGAUUACAAGCUGCUGAAUUUGGUGGUUAUAACUUGAGAUCAAAUGGUGGUUAUUGUGCCUUGGAUAAUAAUGGUGAUUUAUCAUGCUCACAAAGUAAUGAACCAUUCCAAUUUGGUUAUGAUGAGAGCUCCAAGUUACUUUCUGUCAAUGGUCAAGAAACAUGGCACGCUGAUAAGACCCCAUCAGGAUUUCAAAAAGUUCCAGUUGCUCCUGGUGAUGGUGAAGUUCAAUUUAAUUUGAAAUUUGAAUAA